UUGUGUAAUGGCGCCAGGUUCGAAAGAGUCCAGCUUUCAUGGCUGCUAUCUUCUCGUGGCGACCUCUGCUCGCAGCAAGGGCAGGACGUACAUUGGUUACACCGUCAACCCGACCAGGCGAAUAAAGCAACACAACUCCGGGUCCCAGUAUGGCGGGGCGAAAAGAACCAGCGGAAGAGAGUGGGACAUGGUGCUGAUCGUGUUUGGCUUUCCCAACAACACGUACGCGUUGCAGUUUGAAUGGGCGUGGCAGAAUCCUCGCCGAUCGCUACGCCUUCGUCAGGACACCGUCGUUCAGAAGCUGCCGGCGAGAGGACGCUCGCUGAAGCACUGCUGGACGAUUGUGUGCCACCUGCUCAACACGGGCCCGUGGUGUCGACUGCCGCUGCGUGUUCGCUGGCUCCACCCUGACUAUAAGCUUGACUUUCCAGACGAUGCCACACCUCCAUCACACAUGCCCCUGUCGCACGGACCACUGGACAUCACCAUAGCCAAUCCCCUGGAUGACAGCAUCAGUGAGCAGCGCGUGUUAGAAGCCGUGCAGCGACUCAAGUCCAUUGAUCAGCCGGUCUGCUCGGUGUGCGACGAAUCUCUCUCGUCGGACACACUAUGGUGUCAAUGCUAUCAUCACCCGUGCAUCACCACGUAUCACCUGACCUGCCUUGCCACACGCUGGUCACCCGCCACCGGCCAUGAUGGGGACGACAGCGACGAUGACAUCACCAUUACAUCAUCGCAGCUGCCGGUGAUGUCAUCGCAAUCGCAGGCACGGGUGGUGCCACUGCGACAGCGCUUGUGCCUGUCUCAGAGCCGCACGGCUGCUGGCGGUGCAAGCGUUGCGGCGUCAAGUCAACGGCACACCGGAGCAUCCCAGAGACGGCCCACCGCUAGCCAACGACAACACCACCACCGCCGCCAGCACCAGCCUGCUGCUGCUGCUGCAACUCAGCCCAUGCAGCAGGUGCUGUCGCCAUCCGAACAGCUCGUGCCCAUUCACGGUGCCUGCCCUGGCUGUGGCCUGCUGCUGCAAUGGGGUGCGCUGGUACGCUGGAGAAAGCGCCUUAUCGACACCUGGGACAAAAAGCCUCCGGCAUCCAAAAAGAAGUCGAGGGCAGCAGCGAAACGAGCAGCAGCACCUACAACAGCAUUUCCAGACUGAGAGUUCUAGGACACCCAAGGUCCUAUCAUCAACCAGCGCAGCCACAGGCUGAACCAGCAUGAUCACUAAGCCACUGCGCAGGCUGCUCUGUUCAUCGCUCACUGCCGGCACAGGAACACCAUUACGAAUGGACAGACGGACGGACACACACACACACACACAUCGAUGCCCUACUCGUCCGUGUGAAGACUGUAAUGGUGACAUCACCUUUGGAGCUGGAACACCAUUAUGGGUACAAGCAUCCCGCCAGCUAUGUCCUACUGUUGGCUACAUCAUCUAUUAAAAGGUGCGAUUUCACAUCAUCAUCAUUGCUAGUGUGUUGUCACUGUUAUAUCGAGUGGCAUCAAGACGUACCGCCGUGCCUGCCAUGCCAAGCAACAACCACACACACCUGAUGACACGUGCCUGACUAUGCUCCUGUGUUGUGAGCUCGCUCUCAUCGGGAGAGAAUUGAUGUGCUGGCGGCGUAUUGCUCGCCGCUACCUCUCUCCAGCUCAAGACUAAGUUAUGAUUGCUUGCCAACUCUCUCUCUCUCUCUCUCCAUCGACAGGCGGACUGCUUGUGGACAAAGUGACUUUGUUAGUCCAUGGAUAUUUCCGUCAUGCCCCGCGACCCACACGCCCAGCUCAAGACUAGGACUGCUUGCAAACUAAAUCCAUUGAUAUGUCCGUCAUGCGUCUGAUCCACACGCCCAGCGCAAGAUGCUAUAACCAGCGAGGCUUGCACCGCGAUCCCACUGCCAUCAGCCGUCCAUCCGGUAUGCUAGCAGGUGCACACAACGCACUUAAAAUGUAGACGUGGUGUCUUUGCCAAGCAAAGAGAAUUCAAAAUUCCCAAGCAGUGGUCCGUCCGCAGGCCAGAGUUGGCAGUGCGUACAAGCAGCUCCGUCAUUGUGUCACUGGUGUCCGUAUCGUUUGCAUGUCCGCGUGCACUGUGUUCAAGGUCCAUGCACUGCAAUUGUCUCUGGCGUUCCCGAUCCGUAUAGGCAGGGAACACGAUAAGACGUUUACAUUGCUCUGGCACGAUAUUCCUGCCACGUUCGGAAACGGUCGGACAUGGCCAGACGCUGUGAUUUUUUUAGGGUUUCGUUCACUGUCCUGCUUAUGAUGAAGCUGGAUUUAUUCCGCCGUGAUUAAUCUCCACCGAGUUCAUACCGUCACAAACGUACUCGCGUCUCCGACCCUGGUGUGGUCUGCCCCGGAUAGGCACGCUGCUCGCUGGAUGUGCUUUUCUUAAAGGAUUGUCAAGGAUAAGCUCGACUCGUGCUUCUCGUGUGUUCCGGACGGGCAGCUGUGAGUCAGACCGGCGUCAGUCGGGACUACAGUAAGCAUGUGCCCCGACGCUGGUUUGGCGCAGCAUCCGCCUCGGUUACUACCGGCAACGUCACUCCUCCAUCUCACCUGGAAGCGAAGUUUCAAUAGUCACGGGCGCCCAAGAACGUUAUUUCCCUGGAGGUUCUUAUUUCUCAGUAAUCUGGCUGCUCUUUAAAUAACUUUGUCACGAACAUUAUAAUUAUUAUGUGAUUUUCGUGAAUAUUUUUUCUCUUCUUUCCAAUCUCGUGGGGUUCCUGUGGAUAGUGGCAUGUCUGCCCAUGUCUUGUGACAUUUUAGAAAUGCCACGUGGUGAAUUUUCGGUCCAAGUUUGGAAGUGAGGUUUUCUCAAAAUUGUGAUCCUACAUGUGGGAUUUGGUAUAAUUAUCGUUAUUGUUUUCUGGACUUUCUGUGACCAUGGAUGAUCAAGAGAAUAAGGGUGCGUUCUUAUAAUAAUAAUAAUAUUAUUCUCUAGCUUCUAGGAGAAGAACCACAGAGAAGACAAUAUUCAUAUUGCUCAAUUUCAAAAUGGAGCAUUGAGGAAGAGGAUCUGUUAUGCCCUCUCCCCUCAGCUCUGGCAUUCUUUGGGACACCAGGAUUGAAAUUGGA